CCCUUUUGUCACACCCUGAUGCGCCUCGGUCAUAACGUAAACAUUCAAAAUCGGUUUCGUGCCGCGAUUCGUGAUAACAAGAGAACCGGUGAUAAGCGCGGAACAUGGUUCUCCUCCGCUGCCGUUGCGUGGCAUUUGGCCGCACCCAGUGCCGCAGGCUCUCAUCGUCGGCCGUUUCGUACUCUGCGCGUCGUGUCGUCAUAACCGGUCUCGGAGUCGUAUCGCCGGUCGGUUGUUCGGUCGCAAAGGCGUGGACCACCAUCCUCUCGGGAACGUCCGCUAUUGGUCGGUUGGAGGGCUCUGGGUAUGAGAAGUUGCCGUGCCGAGUGGCGGGCCAAAUUCGUGGGGAUGAGUUGGACGUGGGGGAUCAUUUUGGGAAGAGUGAGUUGAAAACGAUGGCCAGAGCAACGGCACUGGCGUUGAUAGCGGCAAAAGAGGCGCUGGAUGGGGCCAAAUGGACUCCGGAGGAUGUAGAGUCGUGCCAGAGGACGGGAGUUGCGAUUGGGAUGGGGAUGAUUGAUCUGAUGGACGUUUGCGAAACGAACGAAGCCUUGAAGAAAGGCUACAACCGGGUGAGUCCGUUUUUUGUUCCGAGAAUUCUGCCCAACAUGCCCGCUGGCCAGCUGAGCAUCAAGUACGGGUUCCGAGGUCCGAAUCAUUCGGUUUCGACGGCGUGUGCCACCGGGGCUCAUUCGAUCGGGGAUGCGUUCCGGUUUAUCCGGUACGGCGAUGCAGACGUGAUGGUUUGCGGUGGGGCCGAGGCCAGCAUAAGUCCGUUGGGAAUCGCUGGAUUUUGUCGGCUACGAGCGCUAAGUACUUCGUUUAAUGAGGAGCCACAAAAGUCUUCGCGGCCGUUUGACGCCGCCAGAGAGGGGUUCGUCAUGGGAGAAGGUUCUGCGAUUUUGGUUUUGGAGGAGCUGGAACAUGCCAAAGCGAGAGGAGCUGACAUUGCUGGGGAGAUUCUGGGAUACGGCUUGUCGGGGGAUGCUUCUCAUCUAACCGCACCUCGGGAGGACGGAACGGGAGCAAUGCUUGCCAUGAGUCGAGCCCUGAAGGAUGCGCAUCUUUCGCCGAAGGACAUUGGCUACGUGAAUGCUCACGCCACCUCAACCCCAAUCGGAGACGCCAUCGAGGCCCGAUCGAUACGAACAUUGUUCAACGGAACAUCCGAACGGGUGGCCGUUUCUUCCACGAAGGGAGCUCACGGUCAUCUGCUUGGAGCUGCCGGAAAUCUCGAGGCAUUGUUCACCGUGCUGGCGUGUUUGAAGGGAAAGCUACCACCAACGAUCAAUCUGGAAACCAUCCCCGAAGAGAUGCAAGAUAUGAACCUGGUUCCGAACGAGGCCCAAGACUGGAAUCCGAGCAGUGGCAGAAGAAUUGCAUUGAAGAAUUCGUUCGGCUUUGGAGGAACGAACGCGUGCCUCUGCAUAGCUGAAUACAAAGAGUGAUGAAGAAUGUGCAGCUAGUGUGUUGUUAUUGUUUUAUUAAAGUUUAAAAAAUCCAAAACUAAAUCUUGUGCUGCGUAGUGCUUAUCACGGCCCUUAUCAAACUGUUUCGUCGACCUUUUCCAGGCUGGCUCAUUUCUCCGUCGGGCGGCCGGCUGUGGAAACUAGUUCACCAGCAGCAGCAGCAGCAGCGGUAAAUCGAGUUCGGCUUGACGUGCGGCACGCACCGGCAGUCGUUCCUUCAAUGUCUUGUCUGGAAAAGGAAAAGAGAAGCAAAACGAGACACAUGAGGAUGAGCUGCAAAGUGGAAACUUGAGCAAGACGAUGACAACCAGUAUCUCAACUCCUCCUGGUCCGAUAGCCGCAGUCUGAAGCGUCAGGUGCAUGGUUUGGACGAUGUUAAGUUUAGAUUUACUAAGUAAGGCUUUUCUUAUGAAUAUCGGACGAUAGCAGACACAAGUUGAACUCAAACGAGAUAUUUUUCAGUGUCCAGUAUGCGCAAUAAAUCAUAAACCGAAAAAUAAACUUAAUAAAAGAGAAAAAAUGCAAAGCUUUUUUUUCAACAUUAUGGCAGUGUAAGCUCUUUUUAAAUAAAAAAAUAAAUAAAAACUAGUAUGAUUAUUAUAUAGGAACAAAAUAAGCACAAACGACAACAAACCAGUUGAGGCUAGCAUAUAAAAUUGUAACAUCAUUCGUCAUGCGGUGCAGAGCUAGAUUGAAGAAGCAUGGUUUAAUUAUAUGAAUUCUUUCUUACUGCCUCUUUUUUAUCGGUUUUUGUUUCUGAUCAUAAUUUACAUACCUGAAAUUUAUUUCUAACGUUAAUAAAUAUAAGAGAUAUGUCUCAAGAAAAAGA